AUGAAUUCGACUUCCCACAACGGCGUGGCGCCCAAUCAAACGGGCCUCGCCAACGCAGCGACCGGGGCGUCUGUAACGCCCGCAAGUGUCCACCCCGCUCGUAUCGCUCCCAAGAAAUCCAAGCUCACGCUCGGUCUGCUCGUGCCCAAGCCGUCACAAACAAAGCUAUCCGCAAAACCCUCUCAUUCAAAACUCUCAAAAGAAAACCCACACGCAGAAAAGAAGAGCGCUCCGCCGUCGGCGUUUGUCGACGAAAAGCAGGAAAAGAGGCGCAGCCGUCUAGGCGGUUCGGCGUCAAAGCUCGGUGGGCUGGGUUCCCUCGUCCGCCAUGCGUCCAAGGGACUGCUCAAGGACGUGACCAAUGCUCGCCAGUCAUCUGAGGGGUCAUUCGACACCUCUCGAUUCGUCAAUGUUGGGGUGGAGGACACUGCAGAGGUCGCAGGAGAUCAAACGGUUGUCGAUGUUGUCAACGCUGCUCCCUCUGAACCUCAUCCAUAUCAAGCGGCACUCGACGGCCAGGACCCAGACAUUGCAGAAGUCAUGGUCGUCAAGAGAUCCAAGCCGCGAGCUCCCAUCGACCUUGAGUGGGCAGAACCCGAUGAAAUCACUGUAGAGACCACCCGCGUACGGGACAAUGGCAUCGAAAGCGACGUCGAAGGUGGUGCGCGAAAAGCCAAAAGUGGAUGGUGGAAGCGCAAGAACGAAGGUACAAAGGAAGAAGCUCGUCCCAAGAUUCAGCGCCGUCUUUCCGCACUGCUCUCACCGACACCCAAACUGGAAGAUUUAACCCCACAGGAAAAGCCCAAAUCCGAAGCAAAUGAUGGCAAGGGAUCGCUAGUGAUCCGUGCUAUCCGCUCGGUUCGCUCUUUCAACCAAGUCUCCGCUGAAGACCAGACCGUCGCACAAGAACCUCCAGCAAAGCCAUCACCUCCUGAAAGGACUCUUCGAAGGGCACCAAAGAUGACUCUGGCACUUCGCCGUCCGUCCGAUUCCACAUUGGCGCAGGAUAUGGGUGCAGUUUCAUCCCCCGAGGUUGAUGUCAGCCGCCUCGCUCCUUCGAGCUAUCGGCGUCGUGUUGGUGGGCGACAUGCGCCUCAACCCGUCGAGGAUUCCGAACCUCUAGAGGCACAGCAACCCUCUGAAGCCACGCCUACAGAGUCCUUUGCCCGACCCAUUCUACGCAGUCGUCCAAACAGCGCCGUCUAUGCAGAUAACAGACUCUCUGUCGUGUCCAUCCUCACCAAUGAAGACUCGCAAGGCGGCCAGUCCUCUUCGGACACGAAAAUGGAUCGACGAUCCUCUGCUGGCUCUAGUAUUCGCUGGGAUCCAGAGGCCAUGUCGCGGCAGGCCAAGAAGAUGCGCAAGGAGCGCGAGGAGCGAAUGAGACAGCGCGCGCAAGAAGAGCGCGAGAGGAUCAAGAAUGGUCUUCCACCUCCCGAACGUAGCGAAAAGAAGCAGCGUACCUUGGCAGCUCGACGUAGGACGCCGCUUACGUCUGUCUUUGACGAUUUGGAUAUAUCCGUGGUGGAUCCUGUUGAAGAACAAACGACACCCCCGCAAACGCCGCCUCGUCAGACGGCUGUCGACCCGAUUAUGGCUGCGACAGAGGCCGUACUUCGCCAGUCGAUGCGCCCUUCGCCUUUGAAACAGAGUCCCGAAAAGACUCCCCGUCCGAGAUUCAGGCUCAAGGAAAAGGUGGAUCGCCCGCGCCCUGUUGGUAUUGUGGCCGUGGAAGGAGAUGGAAGUGAUGCCUCUAUGUUUAUGCUCAAUGCUGCGAACAAUGACCUGCAAGAGCUACUCAAAAGUGCCGACUUGUCCUCUACGCCUGACACAACGCCAUCCCUUCCAUCCGUUACGCCGGUGCCACGUAACGAGUCCAUCACGUCCGCGCGGCGCGCUUCGCAUCCUAUGGACCACCAAGACCUCGAGGAGACACAACGCACUCCACUCGUGAGACGGACAUCAGGCUCGGGAGUUGUCUCACAGCAAGUCGCCGCUUGGCCUCCUGUUCACCCCUCAAAGUCACCGACCUCACCGUUUCCCAACGACUUGCCACUACCAGCACCUCGUCAGCGUAAGCGUACCUCGUCCUCGACCGCCUCUGUCCCACCUUCGGCAUUCAACCGCAAGACUUCGCUUCUUGCAGACGAGCGACCAGAAGAGUCACUUACGUUGCGUACUCUGAGGAGCGAAAAUGGGAACGUUGCGCGCAAAGCCAAGUUUUAUGGCGAUCUGGCCAAGGAAGCGUCGACGGAGCGCGAGUUUGGGUUGAGAAUUCGCAAGGGCAAUCAGUCAAAGGACGACGCCUCUCGGUCGUCGCGCGCUCGACUGGGUAGCUUCCCGCCGUUGGAAGCAUCUAGUGGUGUCGACAUUACCACGGACAUUCCCGAAGAGUUGCAAACCAUUCUCAUGCAGGCCGAGCCAGUCAUUGUUCCUCCAGCUCAACAAGUUGAAGAGGAACCACGGACCAAAACCGAAAGUUCCGACGAGUCGGUGCAAGAGUUUGUCUAUACGGGUGUCGAUGCUGAGCCGCAGUCUACCACCAAGGAUUACAAUAUCGUCAACGAAUUCUCGUCCUACGACAACGUUGACAAGGCUGACGUUCCUGCUUCAGAGGCGUCCCCGGCUCCACAGCCAGAGGAUGUCUUUGCACCGACCAAGUCGACCGAGCCUGCCGUCGUGACGGAAAGCGACGCGUCGUACUGCGUGGUUAGUAAACGAACUGCACCGUUUGUCCUCCACAAGCCAGAAGUGUCGGUCGAUAGCCCGAACCAGACGAUCAACGACACGUUUGCGUUUACAUCAAAACCAAAUCCCUUCAACGGCGCCCCCAAGCCCAUCAGCGUCAAUCGUCCCCACCAUCGUCGCACGCGUUCUGUUACGACCCCAACCUCACCCGCAUCCACCGACCUUUCCACCGGCUCACGCGAUGACAGCUUUUCCUUUGCUCCUAUCGCCACCAAGCAGCCCGCUCGACGCCCAUUGGCGGAUGUCUUCGCCUCGCCCACGAGCGAGACAGACGCUGACAACUCGCUUCACCUCGACGAAAUCAAUCUCCCGGAACUGGUAUCCCAUUCAGCCGACUCGUCCACAUCUGGCGGGCUGACCUCUGUCGAUUCGUUUUUCGACAGAUCACAUAACCGGUCAUCGUCUUCGACGAGCUCAGUCUUCGCCAUAUUUGGAAUGGAGCAAAGCGAAACCGAGCGAAAGGGUGCGGCUGGAACGGGCAACUUGUUCGGCGACAAGAGACCAAUGUCGCUUAUCAGCAGUUAUAGCGACGUCGGCGUCGUUUCCGAUGAAGAUGGUGUGCGUGAGCAACUUGAGCUUGUGGAAGGAACGGGAAGCAAGACACCCGUACCAUCGCGAUCGCCCGUCAAGCCCAAAUCUCCGCCCAAAACCGAGUCGUCCCCCGCCAAGCCAGUUGAUACUAGUGCGACGGAUAAGACGUUGGACGAAGAGAUUCAAGCGGCAAUUCCGCGACCGCGUCCUCGUGGCGUUGCUGCUGGUAGUGGACAUCAUCGGCGAAGGACAACCUUGGGACUCUCGCACGUGAGGCAGAUGACGAUUGCAGAGGCGAUUCAGGAGAUGGAAAUGUAUGAGCCUGCUGUCAAUGCAGGCUCGCAGACGUGGUCGCGUGGAUCGUCCAAUACGACAGAAGAGUCAAAUGACACACUGGCCACGACCAAUAUCUCGUCGACUCCUAAUGCCUCCUUCGCAACCAGUGUGUUAGCUCGGCCACCAAUGCGCCCGAUGUCGGUUCCGAGGCACGUAUCGUGCGCAAGUUGGCAUGCGUCGACAAGUUGGGAGGAUGAGCGGAUCGUGGCGAUUGCGGGUGGUGAUCCCGAGGUGGAGAACAAUAUGGUUCUGCGACGAUAUUAUACGUUCCAACGCGAGGCGCAAGAAGCUCUCGAGCGAUCGCAUAGCGAGUGGCAGGAUACGGCCUUUUCAAUGGAUGAAGUGACAACUUUCCAACCACCAACACAAGUGGACGCGGUGGAACAUUUCUUGAACGAAAGUCGCCGAUUCUACUCUGAGCUGCCGGUAGAAUGGAAGGCACGUGCCCGGAGACGAGCCAUGACAGCGCCAUAUCCCACCGCGAUCAACGCACACUUGGAGGACAAACCGGAAAGCCGUUCUGGGUCUGGAUCAAAUUCCCCUGUCGACGCGGUUUUCAAAGACCUAUCGAUGUGGGAUCACCGACGAGUGCGCAAAGUUUCAGAGAAGCGGACACGCAAAGUGUCGGAAGAAGGACGUAGGUCGAGGAAGACGUCGACGACCAUGGCCACACAGGACAAGGAAAGAGUGCGAAAGGUCUCUGAGAAGAAGAAGCGUACCAACGUGAGCGGGAAUGCCUCAAACCCAUCGUCAAUGUCUGGACGUGCACGUGGAUUUGUGCCGUUUAUGGAUGCAAACGAGGAGGGAGCAGCUCCCAGUGUGCCAAAGAAUUCAAAGUCGUUGACGAUCAAUACAACGAAUCUCAAGACUGGUAACAGCCUGGGCACCGAUAUGGGCGGAACUGCGACGAUUGGACGCGCGCGAGCCAAAGUGCUGGCAAAGGUUGCGCUCAAGUUGCAGCAACUCGAGCAGGAGCAGGCCCAAGCAGAGGCGAAAGAACAGGCUCAAGAGGGCAAAGAGCCUGAGAGCAAUAGCACUGGUAAAGAGAAUGCAAGCAAAGACAAAAUGUUGCGACCAAAGCACAGCGUCGAGGGCAUGUUGGAGAGUCCCACUGGAUCGCUCCGCAUCGCACGACCUCGUCCUAAACGCAAAGGGCUGACGCCCACCGUAUCGCCGCCGUCGACGAUUCGGUUGUAA